AUGGCUCUUGUUAGAGAACGUCGUCAGCUCAACCUCCGUCUCCGUCUCCCUCCCAUCUCCGACCGCCGCUUCUCCCUCCCCUCCAUCACCACCGCCGCCUCCUCAACCGUCCUCUCUAACUCCAUCUCCGCCGCCGAUCUCGAGAAACUCAACGUCCUCGGAUGCGGAAACAGCGGGACUGUUUACAAAGUCAGCCACAAGAACACUCUCUACGCUCUGAAAACAGUCAACGGCGACAUGGACCCGAUCCUAACAAGACAGUUGAUGCGAGAGAUGGAGAUACUCCGGCGCACAGAUUCUCCUUACGUCGUAAAGUGUCACGGAAUCUUCGAGAAACCAGUCGUCGGUGAAGUAUCGAUUCUGAUGGAGUACAUGGACGGCGGGACUCUAGAGUCUCUCCGCGGCGCCGUGACGGAGAAACGCCUCGCGGGGUUCGCUAGACAGAUCUUGAAAGGGCUGAGUUACUUGCACGGUCUAAAGAUCGUACACAGAGACAUUAAACCGGCGAAUCUACUCCUUAACUCGAAGGGCGAGGUUAAGAUCGCUGACUUUGGAGUUAGCAAGAUCUUGGUCCGGUCUUUGGAUUCUUGCAACUCUUAUGUCGGAACGUGUGCUUAUAUGAGUCCGGAGAGGUUUGACUCGGGAGGAGGAAGCUCUGAUGUAUACGCCGGAGAUAUUUGGAGUUUCGGAUUGAUGAUGUUGGAGCUUCUUGUCGGUCACUUUCCGUUAUUACCGCCGGGACAGAGACCAGACUGGGCGACGCUAAUGUGCGCCGUGUGUUUUGGAGAACCGCCGCGAGCGCCCGAAGGAUGCUCUGAAGAGUUUAGGAGCUUUGUUGAUUGUUGUUUACGUAAAGAUUCUACUAAGAGAUGGACGGCUUCGCAGCUUCUUGGCCAUCCUUUUCUCCGGGAAGAGCUUUGA